AUGGCGGUUCAACAAAGAAAGAAGAAAGAGGGUAGAAAGUCCGAUAAAAAUGCCCCAUCGGUCCCACAAGUAGAUGCAUCAUUAGACAAACCACUUGAUAUUGAUGCUCCUCCUACUAUUUACAGUGUUAAUUUGAAACCAGAAUAUGGUACAGCUGCAUUGAAUUUGUCCGCGGAUUUCAUCAGACAAGAACAGGCAUUGGCUAAUAAGUAUUUGUUCUUCCAUCCCGUCAUCCUUGUUGUUCUAACCAUUGGGCUGCUUAUUUACUUGACGCCAAGAAUUGUCUUUCCGAUAAGGAAUACAGGAUCCGUUGCUGGAUGGUUCUACCAGCUGGCUCGUAUUAAUAAGAAGGUCGUCCUCAGCGGUUUAGUGUUCACCGCAAUUGGUGCAUCUUUCUUGUUCACCCUCCUCUCACGUGUAUCUGACUCGUAUUUCAAGUCGAAGAUCAACCAACUUGUUGGUUCUAAAGGUGAGAAAGUUUUCGGCAUCAAUUUGAAUGAUUUGGUGGCAAGACAUGAAACAAAGGAUCCAGUGGUGAACAAUACGCAUAUCAUCGUUUAUAGAGAAACGCCCAUUGCAUUGAUUUCGUUAGCCCCUAACAUGACAUUAAGUACUGAUGAAAAUUUAGUCAUGAGUGUUACUACUGUGGGUUGUCGUCGUGUAUAUGUAAAAAGUGGCAUUAUCGAAGAUUUGAUUGAUUGGGCUAUGCUACACUCCAAAAAUAUUAGAAGCAGCGGCAAAUACGGGGAGACCAUGAAACUCUUGAUUGAUGUCUACUCAUUCGAUAGCACGCUUAAGGAAAUUUUGAAGAAAAAAGGGUUCACUUAUAUUCAAAGCAUUAGAGUCUCUGAAAAUCGACUACUAGGCGGUUUGUUCGGUGUGAAGAAGGAAUUAUGGGGUUUGCAAUUCCAUUUUAAAGCCGAACACAAGGACUAG